CAAUAUAAUCAUUUCUGCCUGGACUGCAGCACCAAACAGAGGUUUGCAUUUAGACCUGGUGGGUUGUGGCAAAUGCUCUGGUUUGCAGUCAAACGAGAGACAAUUGGAUGGAGUCAAGGAUAUAAACAAACUCGGUCAUCAUUUUUACAGAAUAUAUUGCAAUUUUAUUUGUAACCUGAAUAAAAUAUAAGAUGGCAACGAAAAUUGGAUUAAGAAGCCCCGACUGGGGUGUCUCCAUGUUCACGAGUACAUAUCCUGAAGUAGAUUCGUAUCCUCUAAUGUCCUCGCCGGUGCCUGUUCUACUCAUAAUCUCAUCGUACCUGCUGUUUAUAUUCAAAAUCGGUCCAGCAUUGAUGCAGAACAGAAAACCGUUUGCACUUAAAAAUACACUCAUGGUGUACAACAUAGCACAAGUUAUUUACUCCGCAUAUUUAGCUCAAAGGUAUUUCAGACACCUGGUGAAUACGGACUUCAUAAGCACCCAGUGCAACAUCACCGACAGCAGCAGUCUGCGGCAAGAGAUCCUGGCACACAUCUACGUGUACUUCCUCGCCAAGAUCUCUGAACUACUCGACACUGUCUUCUUCGUACUGCGCAAGAAAAACAACCAGGUGACGUUCCUCCACGUGUACCACCACUCCCUCAUGAUGGUGGGGAGCUGGGCCUUCCUCAAGUUCACUCCGUCAGAGAGCGUGGUGUUCAUGGGACUGCUCAACUCUCUGGUGCAUGUGUUCAUGUACGCCUACUACGGUUUGACUGCCCUGGGGCCGGCAGUAGCCAAGCAUCUCAACCCGUAUAAGAAGUAUAUUACUAGGCUUCAGCUGGUCCAGUUCUUCUCCAUCAUGCUUCAGUUCCCGCUGGCACUCAAGUACUCGGCCUGCCCCCCCUCCAAGGGAGUGGCCAUCUUCAUCCUGAUCAACCUCAUCUUCUUCAUUUACUUGUUCGGGUCCUUCUACAGACAGAGCUACAACAAGAACAAGAGCAAACGAAACUCCGUCUUCAAAGAGAGUUUUAGUAAAGCAGUUAAAUUUAACUAAGUACCUACCUAUAGUCUAUAAAUAAAUGGUUACUGUUUGUGCAUCCGCGUAUGCUGUUAUGAGAGUUUAUAUUAUGGCGUAUGUAAAUGCAAUAACCAUAUUACUGU